CUCACCACAUCCUGCCCGACUGAAUCUAUUCCGCUGUUGCACACCACUUAGAUAAGGACCGUCUGGAGGGAAAACUUCGUGAGAAUUCAGUAUGUCGGCCAAAAAAACACUGAGGUCCAAUAAAACAGCCAUUCAUAAGACUUUGAGUGGAGACUACAAGCUAAUCCUCAACAAAGUUUAUGAGAAUAAUCUGAUAACUGAACGUGAGUACAACAACCUCAAAAGCAUCAACAAAGAAGAUGUGGAGGGGCAUGUCGUUGAGCUCGUGGAUAAGAUCAUGAAUAAAGGAGAGGACACCUGUCAAGGUUUCCUGAACCUCCUUCAAACUGACGAGGAUAUUGCCACAACUUACCCAGAGCUGAAGAAGAUACGGCAGAAUGACACCUGCCCUUUACCUCAACCUGUCCAAGCAUCUUCAGUUGACAGCAAUGAUUGUCAGUCGCAAGACAACAAGAGGCAAAUGAAAGUGAGUUCUGGUGAAACAGUGACUGAGUCGGAGGAGCAGUACGAGUUGAAUAGCCAGCCUGUCGGCCUCUGUGUGAUUAUAAACAAUGACAAUUUCAUUGAUGGCACAGUGAGAAGUGGAACCAACAAAGAUGCUCAAUGUUUGGCAGAGGUCUUCAGCUGGCUGGGGUUCAGAGUGCUGAUGUGUAAAGACCAAACCCAGGACCAGAUGGAUCGGGCACUGAAGUGCUUCGCUUCACUGAGUGACCACUCUCAGCUGCAGGAGUUCAGUGUUAAGGAGUGGUUUGGUACCGGAUUUGUUGAUCUUCAGCAGGCUCCUAAGCAUGGAGAUGCUUUCAUCUGCUGCAUUCUGAGUCACGGAAAACAGAGAGUCGUCUUAGGGAUUGAUCGGAAGCCCCUGUCCAUUAAACAAAUAACCAAAACCUUCAAGGCAACCGAUCAGUCAGCCCUCACCGGCAAGCCUAAAGUGUUCCUGAUCCAGGCCUGCCAGGGAACUCAGAGUCAGCGUGGAGUGUUAGCAAAAGAUCUGGAGCCUGAUGAUGAUUCUUCUCCAUUCAUUCCAGAAGAAGCUGAUGUUCUGGUUGCUCUCGCCACUGUUGAGGAUCAUGUUUCAUUUAGACACAAAACAGAUGGAAGCUGGUUUGUCCAAUCUGUGUGUCAGCAGCUAAAGGAGCACUGUCCGAGGGGUGAAGAGAUCACCGCCAUCCUCCAACGCGUGAACAAUGAAGUAAGCCAGAAAGAGGCCUCCAAGACACCUGGUGCAGCAAAGCAGAUACCUGAAGUUAGGUUUACCCUGAGGAAGAGUCUUGUGUUGUCACCUCCCAAAGCUUAGUCUCCAGAAAUCAUGCAAAGUAAAUGUUAUCUCUUAAUUAAGAAUGUAUAAGAAUCUCAGGUAUAGGGUUUUCUUAAUUGUUCUCCUUUCUGAAUCUUUUAUUUUUUUUAAUCAUCACAGUGAGUCACCUUUUAUACCGUCACAGACUUGCGUCAGAGAAUUAAGUUCACAGUAUGACGAUCAACAGU